CUCAUUUCUCAUAAUCACUUUGGCGGAAUUUUUUGAAACACAUGACGGAAGUUGCAGAUUUGUUAUUGUUUUGUGUUUGAAGCAAAGAUAUUGAAAAGACAUGCAUUAGCUGCUGUGUACUAUUUAACAGACUUUUCAUCAUGCCUAGAGGGAAAGCUUCAGCAGCUGGUGCUGGAGUUAAAAAGCCCAGAGGACCUAAAGCUCAGAAAUUGCCGGAUUCAUUUGCACCUGGGACGAUUCUAGGAGACCUGCGAAAAAAGGAAUGGAAACUUGGCAAGGAGAUCGGCCAGGGAGGAUUUGGUCUUAUUUAUCUAGCAAACGAAAACGGAUGUCCAGUUGAAUCAAAUGCUCCAUAUGUUGUGAAAAUUGAACCACAUUCCAAUGGACCAUUGUUUUGUGAACUCCAUUAUUAUCAGAGAGUAGCCAAAGCAGAUAUGAUUGAAGCAUGGAAAAAAACAAAGAAGUUGAAAUAUCUUGGGUUACCAAAGUUUAUUGCAACUGGUUCCUAUAUGCGUGCAAACAUACAAUAUAGAUUCAUGGUGAUGGAGAGGUUUGGUUCGGAUGUACAGAAACUGUUUGAAGGUGCAGGGAAACGCUUUGAAACUCAUACAGUAUACUGCCUUGCACUGAGAAUGAUAGACGCCUUGGAAUACAUGCACCACAAUGGUUAUGUUCAUGCUGACAUCAAGGCUUCCAACAUGUUACUUGGCUUCAGAGCGGGCAAACAACAACCUGAUGAGGUAUACCUGGUGGACUAUGGACUGGCUGUGAAGUACCAGAGAGAUGGAGAACAUAAGGCAUAUAAGGAGGACAAAAGGAUGGCUCAUGAUGGAACCAUAGAAUUUACUAGUACAGACGCUCACCUUGGAGUAGCACCAUCUCGUCGAGGGGACAUGGAGAUCCUGGGCUUCUGCUUGCUACAAUGGCUCUGUGGCCGUCUUCCCUGGGAAAGCAACCUGACGAACAAAGACUUUGUAGCUGGGGAGAAGUUUAAAUAUACAAAAAACAUUUCCAGUUUGAUGAAAGCUUGCUUUAGUGAUGGUAACAUACCAGAUGAAGUACAAAAGUACUUUGAAAUGGUGAAGAAAUUACAAUAUGAUGAAUGUCCAAACUAUGAAAGCAUGAAGACGCUAUUCAGAAAAGGUCUCAAAAGACUUGGAGUGAAGGAUGAAUGGAAACUAGAUUUACCCCUCAAUGGUCCUGUCUCACCAAAGAAGGCAGUCAAACGGAAAAGUACCGGAGUUGAAGCUGCUAGUUCCGCACCAAAACAAAAGGCUGUGGUUAAGACUACAUCUGCUACAAAACAAAAGGAAUCAACACCUAAGAGGAAAGUAGCAACACUGAACAGGAACAAAACAGGGGUUCAAUCUCCAAAGGUUGUGCCAUCUCCAAGAGCAGUAAAGUCUCCCAGAGGAAUUAUUCCUGGUCGUCCUUCUCCUAGUAGAAUUAUCCCUGGCCGUCCAACUCUACUUCCUAAAUCACCAAAAGCGGCUGCCAUUAGGGUGAAAUCACCAAUUUCCAAUGGAGGCAAAAAAAAAGCCACGACAACAAAGCGACGAGUGAAAAGAAGAAAAGUUGCGACAGUGGAUGUCAGCAUGCAGACCUCACCACCAUGACAAAAAUGACUGUUAAAAAGGUAAACUUUAUCAACAGCAUGCCAAUUCUCAAAGAGGACAGCUCACCACCAUGUAAGGGACAACACAGGCUCCAUGAUCAGUGAACAUUACCUUUAAUUAGACCUUGUUGGUGUAUACAUGGAAAGAAGAUCUGUGUCUGUAGUGGUUUGUUUUCUGUCUUUGGGAGUUCAGCAUUGUGUGUAGAUGAUAUUCAAUGCUGGUGGGACCAGAUAUAAUUAUUGGUUGUAGAGUGUAACUAUUGGACUGACCAGUUUUAUUAUGCAGACAUAAUUUUGGUUGUAGAGUGCAACUGUUGGACUGACCAGUUUUAUUGUCGCACUGGCCCUCCAUAGGUAAUUGUUUUAACCAUUAAGUUUUAUAUUAAAUGCCACAUACUAGCAGUUGAUGAUGAGGUUUAAAUUCCAGUAUUUUCAACAAUCUUUACAUUAGGGAGAGAACUACCUUUCGCUUGUGAACGGCAUUUAACGGUACAGAUAGAGUACCAGUAUUAGAUCAAGUUUGUAAUUGUUCUUGUCAGGUUAAAGAUUUUCUUUUUGUUUUGCACAUGAAAACAGAAAAAUUAAAUGAUCAAUUAUUCAUUUUUUUAAGGAUUGACUUUUCAAUUUUGUUUCGAUUAUCGGAGGAUAGCUAUAAGCGAAAUCUGGUAAAAUUGAAAUGUUUAUCAUAACAAUGGGAUGAUAUGUGACAGUUUUUAAUCAGUUCUGUAACUAGACAGUUGAGAAGCAAUCUUAUUAAAAUACAGAUCAUCAUCAUACUCUAUAUAUGAUAUAAAGAUCUGAUGGCGACUGAAAGGGGGUAAUGUCCAAUCUAAACAGGGUUGAACACGUUAUCAGCCUCUGAUCUCUCCGUUUCUUUGCUACUUUGUCCUUCUGGAUGGGUUUGUCCAUUAUAACAAAAGAAAAUCCACAGGCUACACAUACUUGGGCAAUGGGCUUGGGCAUCUUAGUUUGGUUGAUAUCCGGGACACUUGAAGAUUAUUGAUUCAAUGACUUACAACAGAUGAAGAUGGGAAACAGACUUUGGCAAAAUUUUGUCUUCUGAUUGGUUGUUUGAAAGGUCAUCUGAACAUGAUCUUUGUUGACCACCAUCAAAUCUUCAUUACCUAGUGUAUAAUGAUCUGUAUUUUAAUCAGAUUGGUGGAGGAGAAGCUAGAAUACUUGAAACCAGAUUUGAACUUAAGGUUUAGGUUUUUCAGAUUAAUGUAGGUUUUUAAUUUGAUGCCAGAUGUCAAAGUCUCUUGGCAGAAUCUGUACAGCUGAAGUCAUUAUAAGGAAUAACAAAUAUCACUAUCCUAUUGAAAAACCUUUUAACCAACAUGGCUUUGAGGUAUGGGACACCACAGGCAUCUGCUUAUGGUUAGUAGGCAUAUUUAUAGAACAAAUACUACUAGUAACCCUUCUCCUACUAUAUCAGCAAAGUGUUACACUCGGAAAGUCGAAAGUAAUAGGCGAGCUUCGAUUCACUUUGAAUGUUACUUGCAUCUGACAAAAAUAUCUAAUAACUUUAGCAAUGUACCUUGGUUUAGAAUCCUUAAAUAUCAAUGCAUCGACUGUGGAACGGAUGUAGGCUGUAUGUCUUGGAGUGGUAUGCAAGGGGCAAUCUGAUUGGUGGACAGCUCUUUGGACAAUAUUAACUAUAAUUAUCAACCAAUCAAUAGGUUACUUCCAUUCCACAUUCAUAAGUUCUAACCAGAAGAAGACGCCUGUGGUGACACAGAGCUAUCUGUAACAGUAAAAAAAAUAUCUAUGGGGCCAUUCAUUCAUAUCUACACUAGGAAAGGGACCAUUCAUAUAUCGAUCCAAAGUAGUUAUAUUUCAUCGAGUCAGUCUUUGACUUAACAUAGGUGGAAGUGACUCGACAUGCGAUGGGAGUGAUUUGACAUGGGGUGGAAGUGGAAGUGAUUCGACAUGGGAUGGUGGGAUGGAAGUGAUUCGACAUGGGAUGGAAUUGACUCGACAUGUAGUGGGAGUGAUUUGACAUGGGGUGGUGGGGUGGAAGUGAUUUGACAUGGGAUGGUGAGAUGGAAGUGACUAGACAUGGGAUGGUGGGGUGGAAGUGACUUAUGGUUGGAUGGAAGUGACUCGACGUGGGAUGGAAGUGACUCGACAUGGGAUGCUCAUGGUGGGGUGGAAGUGAUUUGACAUGGGAUGGUGGGGUGGAAGUGAUUCGACAUGGGAUGGUGGGGUGGAAGUGACUCGACGUGGGAUGGUGGGAUGGAAGUGACUCGACGUGGGAUGGAAGUGAUUCGACAUGGGAUGGUGGGAUGGAAGUGACUAGACAUGGGAUGGUGGGAUGGAAGUGACUCGACAUGGGAUGGUGGGAUGGAAGUGAUUCGACAUGGGAUGGUGGGGUGGAAGUGACUAGACAUGGGAUGGUGGAGCGGAAGUGACUAGACAUGGGAUGGUGGGCCGGAAGUGACUCGACAUGGGAUGGUGGGAUGGAAGUGAUUCAACAUUGGUGGAAGUGAUUCGACAUGGGGUGAAAUUUACUUGACAUGGGGUGGUGGGGUGGAAGUGACUCGACAUGGGAUGGUGGGAUGGAAGUGAUUCAACAUGGGGUGAAAUUGACUAGACAUGGGAUGGUGGGGUGGAAGUGACUCGACAUGGGAUGGUGGGGUGGAAGUGAUUCGACAUGGGGUGAAAUUGACUAGACAUGGGAUGGUGGGGUGGAAGUGACUCGACAUGGGAUGGAAGUGACUCGACAUGGGAUGGUGGGGUGGAAGUGACUCGACAUGGGAUGGUGGGAUGGAAGUGACUCGACAUGGGGUGGUGGGGUUGAAGUGACUAGAUAUGCGGUGGAAGUGACUCGACAUGGGGUGAAAUUGACUUGACGUGGGGUGGAAGUGACUCGACAUGGGAUGGAAGUGAUUGUGAUAGCAAUGUCAUACUACUGGUAUAACCAUGCAUAUUAUUAUGUUAUUGUUUGCUAUAAGACUCAUCCUUCAAUUGUUUCUCAUUCUGGUGUACUGUUUUAUUACAUUUUGUAUUUAGGUAUGAACCCGCAUUCACUUUGUGUGUGUGACUUGGUGCAGGGUCCAUCUGGUGUGCUUUGGCCUCUACAAUUUAUAUACCGUAUUUAGUUGUAUCAAAUUUAGGCCUUUGCACAUAUUGUUAUUCCAUAAAAUAUUACUGUAUAGAAAUUGUUGAAAAUACCCACCCAGAAAUUUGUUAACAGGUUUACUAUAAAUUUUGUGCUUUCUUCUUAAAUUCUGAAUAUUUUUUAUAGAAGAACUAGAUAAUUUUCCAUUCUGGAAUGAUGAUUCUAGAAUUGAAUUUACUGAGUAUUUAUGUGAGAGAUUCCUCACAAUUUCAUUGAUAAAUAUGUUUUGUAACCUGCUCUCCAUAAUCAUCUAUUUCUUUCAAUUUAACACCUUACUUUCAGUAAUGUAAAAUUUUCUUCUUUUCCAAAUAAACCAGGAUGUAUAUAUACAGCCUUGAAAAAGGCUUUGAAUUUUGCUAUGUGGCCUUGGAUUUUCUUUUGACCCUGAAAAGCUUUGAAUCCUGGUCUGUGGCCUUGAAAGGUCAUUGAAAAAAGGUAACUGUGUUCACAGACACAAAUGUGUGAAACUGUACAUGUUGGAAAAGAAAAUCUGUUUAAAUAUUUGGUCUUUAAAUUCAAAGGUGAACGUUCAAAAGCAAGUUUGUAUCUCAAAAUGAUGGAUCAGGUAUUGCAAAAAGCAUUACCCGGUAUGUAAAAUUUCUUUUAUUCUGUAUGAAAAAUUCCUCGAAAAAUGUAACAAAGCCCUGAAAAAGACUUUAUUUUGGUUUAACCAGACCACCUGUUAACCGAGAACAAUAUACCUCUAUCAUACAAACAACUAUUCACCGUAAAUUAUGGACAUGAACCAUUUCAAUGUUACCUUGUUAUGUGAAAAACUGGAGUCUUUAAUUAAAAAUGUUGAAGAUCACAAUAUAUCAUUGUUUUACAAUCAAAUCAAAUUUUAAUGAAAAAUAAAUACCAAAAACACUA